GCGGGCGUUCAGCGCGCCGGUCCAGCCGCUAGUCCGGAUCCGGUUACUGGGGGCCGGGCCGCCCGUGUUUACACUGUAUGUGGAGCGUACAGUGGCGAUCCGCUCCGCAGGACCUCCAACUUUCCGCGAUCUUACCACUACCUCCGAGGGAGCAGUGCUUAGGGAAAGUGGGCUAUGGGUGAUCAGUGACACGGGCCUUGGUGCGUGGAUGGAGUCGUCGCGGGGGACGGGAGGGGCCACUGGGGGCCUGUCCCGUGAGUACAAGCUGGUGGUGCUGGGAGAGGGAGGAGUAGGAAAGAGUGCCAUCAUCAUGCAGUUCAUCAGUCACAGGUUCCCCGAGGACCACGAUCCUACUAUAGAGGAUGCCUACAAGACCCAAAUCCGCAUUGAUGACGAGCCAGCCAACUUGGAUAUUCUCGACACUGCAGGGCAGGCGGAGUUCACCGCCAUGAGGGACCAGUACAUGCGGGCAGGUGAGGGCUUCAUAAUUUCCUACUCCAUCACGGACCGGCGCAGCUUCCAGGAGGCUCGGCAGUUCAAACAGCUGAUCUACCGCGUGCGUCGCACUGUGGACACACCGGUGGUCCUGGUGGGAAACAAGUCUGACCUGACACACCUGCGGCAGGUGUCAGUGGAAGAGGGACGUGGGUUGGCACGGGAGUUCCAGUGUCCCUUUUUUGAGACCUCUGCGGCUUUCCGCUACUACAUCGACGAGGUGUUCGCUGCCCUGGUGCGACAGAUCCGUCUGGCUGAGGCCGCGAGGGGGGGCGAGAAAAAGAGCCACCGUCGCCACUCGUUCUGGAUGCGUCUGAGGUCCCCUUUUCGGAGGAAACAGCACUCUGAGCACUAAGAGCAGCCGCGUGGGGUCAGAGGUCAGGGACGCAAUACAACACCACACCCGUGACUGGAAGGGUUAGGGAAAUUAGGAAAGAUGUUCUGGAAGGGAGGUCAAAAAGAGGAAAUUCGGGACGUUGAAGUGCACAAAAACACAUAAAGGUGUAUAUGAAGAAGAAGAUAAGAGGAAUAUGGAGGGUGGAGGAAUCAGAAAUUACAUUGAAGGAGGAUUUGAGUAAAUUAUAUGAGAGAUAGAGAGAAAGAGAGAAAAAACCAUGGUCUUUAAUUAGGAGGUGUUGAGGGAGAUAUAGGAAGGGUUAGGGCUAAGGGGCAUACAAAAUAAUUGUUGUUUUGUAACAUUAUCCACCUCUGGUAAAUCGUAUGACAAAGGCAGAUAGAAAGCAUUUGAGCUAAUGUUCCCUCGUAGUUUUCAGCAGUAGUGCGUAGAUGGGUGUGAGUACAGCGCCCGCUUCAGCCGCGGUGGCGUAUUUUCCUGCUGUGCCGCGCUUAAGCCUGCUGUCAUUUUAAGUUGCGGCUGUUUGUCACGAGUUGAAACUGUCCUUGGCAGGCUGUAGUGCAGUACGGCAGUAAGGCGGCACGUGCUAGGCUGGCAUUGUGUUCUCCACUGGAACUGUGAAGGUGCUCUGGAAACACUGUAUGCCUGUGUCUUUUUUUUUUUUUUUACACAUGCGCCUUUUUUAGUUCACUGUCUUGAUUUUUUUGUCUGUGGUUCUUUAGUCAUCUUUUUACUGUUGUACUUAUCAUGGUAUUUCCCUAAUUUAUUUUCUUUUAAUGCGCUAAAAUAAAAGGGUUGAAUUUUUCAA